AUGUGCCGACCACGUCACAAACCAACAACCACCAAACAAGGAUACCAAACCAAAGAGGAAGAGAUCCAGCACGGAUGUUCGGAAGGCCGACGUAGUGGGUCAAUCAGUGGAAACGCCAAGAAAAGUAAAGGCGGUAUCCACGAGUGGCCAACCUCGUUUAUACAACUGAACAUCAAUGGUCUGAACGUACCUGAACGAAAGACCCAACUGGUACAGCUACUACAAAGGAAGCAGUAUGAUGCCGUUUUUCUCCAAGAGUCCAAGCUCGAUUCAAGGAAUAAAGACCCUAUCAUCAAUGGUUAUACUUUGAUCAGAUUAAACAGACCUAAUGCUCUCAACCAUCGAAGUGGUGGGGGUCUGGCCAUCUACAUCAAAAAUGUAACCCGGGACCGACACGUAUUGUGGGGCUCGCCAACAACUGACACUAAUGGUAGACAAGUUGCUGAGUUCAUUGAGGCCAAUGACCUGGUUAGCAAAAAUGAUGGUAGCAUUACUUAUGUUGGUGCCAUUGCUCCUCUUGGUUCGCAUCUCGAUCUCACAUUAGUAAGCAGUCGGUUAGCUAAAGACUGUACGUGGGAAGCAACCAGUCUUCGAGUUUUCCAACAGAUAACAGAUAAUGUAACCAAACCAAACCAAACCAACGACUACCAUUCGACUACCAAUCAACAAGAAAUACCAUGA